CCUGGCGCUUCUCGCACCCGCCGCCCGCCUCGCACUGCCUCUGCGCCUCGCAGCGGCUGCGGCGUGAGCGGCGCAUCGCACCAUGGCGCCGUCGACGUCCGGCUUCCUGGCCGAGUAUCCGCUCAUCCGCGUCGACCGCUUCACCGCCGCGCCCGUGCCGCUGCCCGCCUCGCUGCCCGCCUCGGCGCGCGCCGACCUGCCGCUCGGCGCCACGCACUUCGCCGCGCCCGCCUUCUUCCUCCUCACGCACAUGCACUCCGACCACCUCUGCGGGCUGGAGCAGCGCGGGCACGAUGCGGCGCCCAUCUACUGCUCGCCCAGCGCGCGCGCCCAGCUGCUGCGCUACGAGCGCGUGCGCACGCGUGCCGAGCACAUCGCCGGCGCCGGCGACGUCGUGCGCCCGUACCGCAGCCUCUGCGAGACGGCACAGCAGGCGCGCGUGCGCGGUGAGCGCGCCGGCGGCUCGGGGCGCGGCCGCGACCUGCUCGUGGCGCUGCCGCUGCACACGCCGACGCUCGUGCCGUACGCAGGGCGCAUGCAGGUGCGCCUCACGCUCCUCGACUCGAACCACAUGCCCGGCGGCGUCAUCUUCCUCGUCGAGGGCGAGCGCGGCGCUGUGAUCCACACGGGCGACCUGCGCGCCGAGCCGUGGUACGUCGAGGCGCUGGUGCGCGAGCCGCUGCUGCGCCCCUACAUUGCCGCCCAGCGCGUCUCGGCCUCGCCGGCGCCGUCUGCCUCGACGCCGCGCACGCCGACGCCGCAAGCUGCCGUGUGGAAGCGCGAGAGCAACGCCGCUUCCUUGGAGUCGACGCAGGGCGAUGGCAUGCUGGAGUUCCACGCCGCGUACGGCCCGCUGCGCAAUAUCUACAUCGACGACGAGGCAUUCAGCUGCGCCUUCUCGCCCGUCACAAAGGCGGACGCGACGCGCGACAUGCUCUCCAUCAUGCGCCGCUUCCCGGCCUGCACGCGCUUCUUUCUCGAUGCCUGGUGCUGGGGCUACGAGGAGCUCAUCCAUGCCAUCCGCCGCGAGUUCAAGAGCAAGGUGCACGUCGACCGCUACAAGCACGGCGUGUACGAGGCGAGCAGCGACGCCGACGCGCACCUGCCGGACAUUGUCACGCAGGAAGCGCACGAGGCCGUGCGCUUUCAUGCCUGCGAGAAGACGGCACGCUGUGCGCUCAUCGACACCUUUGCGGAGCCUUCGCUCUCGGACUCGCCGCGCCCGCUCAUUGUCGAGAUCAAGCUGGGCGACGGGCGCAUCAGCACAGCGCGCGGCUGGGCCCGGGCACGCGCCGACAUCGAGAUGAGCCUCGCCGGCGCUGCAGCCGGCAAGCGGGCCUGGCCGCGCUAUUUUGGCGUGCCGUACGAGCGGCACAGCCCGCUGCCAGAGAUCCGCUCCUUUGUCGCUGCCUUUCGGCCGCUGCGCGUCACGCCCAACACCGGCACGCUGCAGCAUUGGUUCCUCAUGGCCAAGACGUUUGGCGCAGUGCUGGCGCCAGGAGGCGCCGAGGCUACAGCAGAGGACGCGCGUGGUGCCCUCGGCGAGGCGCUCUGGCGUGUCUAUUCGCAGGCCUGGGCUGCCGCGACGUGCAAGGGCAGCGUCGCAGCUCUGCCCGGCGUAGUGCCGGUGGAGCAGGAGGAAGCCGUCGCCGAAGAGCUGCAGCGCUUCCACGGACGUGCCCGCCGCCUCUUUCUCGCCGAGCGCCAGCUGCCGGCCGAUGCAGACGCGGCGUACGAGCGCGAGAAGGACCGCAUGCGCCACCGUUCCGACGACGUCAGCCAGCCAGAGUCACUGCUGGUGGUGGGCGACGAUGCAGACGGCUACGAGGCGGAUGCGAGCGGCAUCGUCGCGAGCGGCAUGCCCAGCGCGACGGACAUGACCACUGUCGCGGACAGAUCGAUGGCGCCGCCGCUCGCCUUCGUCAGACCGCCGCCGCCGCCUCCGCGCCUGCCAGCACUCGCCCCUUCUGGCCUCGACGAGAUCCUCGCUUCGCGCUACCUGCACUACGCCGACAUGUGCCUUGGCUGGCGGAUCCAGAAGAGCCCAGCGUGGACGCAGGCGCGCGCGUGGCGCGCGGUGCGCAAGAAAAAGCCGGAGCUGGCCCGCGAGGUCGAGGAGGCGGUGCACGCCGAGCAUGGCACUGUGCCGCUGCCUUGGAGCAAAGCGGACAAGGUGCGGCGGCUCGAGCCGCCAUCUGAGCCUCAGCCCACUGUCACCUGGCUGCCGCCGCAGCGUCUCCCGGUCGCUUCGAGGGACGUGAUCGUCGUCUCGACGCUUGGCGACGGUGUCGGCCUGUAUCGCCCGCGCCGCCUCAUCGAGCCGGCCGAGGCGCCUCGGCAGCCGCUCGUCGAGCUGCCUCCUACGCCGCCGAACGAGCAAGCCUGUCCCGAGCCAGAACCGAGCGCAGCCACGAGUCUUGUCGCAUCCGUCAGCACACGCCAGGCAUCGGCCAAGCGCGCCGCACCAGCCAACGAUGGCGAGGCCGUCAAGCGGCCCCGGCGCAGCGCUUCUGCGAGCGAAGCGUCCCUGUCUCGGUUGAGGACCGAGCCCGUCACGUACAAGAAGCUACUGUCUCUUCUCUCCGCCGGCAAGCCCGUUCCGGGUGUCAGCACUGCUGCGCUCGCUGAGCAGCUCCGCGCCGACCUGCUCGCCCUGCAAGAGGCCCUCGCUUGCCCGCCGGCACGCCAAGACAUGCUCGACAGUCUCAUGUCGCGCGCUGGCGAGGCCAGCCAGGUACUCGGCCUCGCAGCGCGCUCGGCACAGGUGCGGGCGACUCUCGCGCUCGAGAUCUUUCCCUUCCAGACCGCCCUCGCUGCAGUCCUUGCUGCAUACCCGGGCGGCACGUCAGCAGCGGAGCGAAAGCUCAAGCAUCUAGCAUGGGCGCUCCGCGGCAUCGAGGCCAUGCCGCCCAGCCGCAUCGUGCGCGUAUCUACUGCGCCGCUGCUCGGCACGGCGCACAGCAGACGCAGCGUGCACUUUGCGACGCACUCGUCUUCGUCGGCAGCGCCACACACCGGACUGACGUCUGCCGUGUCGAGCUUCACACCUCUGUAGCAUAGCCAACCUCAUCGCGAUACCCAGCUCGGACCAAGUAGCUAUCAUUAUCAUGCGCACGCUCA